GGUGGAGUUUCAUUCCCCGAUAGUCGAUUAAACUGCGAACUCUCCCCUCUUCUAUUCUAACCUCCUUGGAUUAAAGUCAGAACGUAAUGUGAAAUUCACGCAAAAAUUAAUUUCAAAAUUUUAUGUUUCCCAGUCUUAUCUUUUUUCACUGAUAAGGAGAAAAACCACUCAUCUCUAUAGGUGCUUUACCUUGCAGAAUUCAAUUUUUGUGUUGAUAUCGUGAUUGGUGUUUGAUGUUGUUAAAGCGCUAGGUAAAAGAUUCAACUAGAAUGUUUUAUCAUAUUUCUUUAGAGCAUGAAAUACUGUUACAUCCAAGAUAUUUUGGGCCUCAACUUUUAGAAACGGUAAAACAAAAAUUAUUUACUGAAGUUGAAGGAACAUGUACUGGAAAGCAUGGGUUCGUCAUUGCUGUGACAACUAUUGACAAUAUUGGGGCAGGAUUUAUUCAGCCAGGAAGAGGGUUUGUUGUGUAUCCAGUGAAGUACAAAGCUAUAGUCUUUCGUCCUUUUAAAGGUGAAGUUCUAGAUGCAGUAGUUACACAAGUGAACAAGGUUGGACUUUUCACUGAAAUUGGACCUUUAUCUUGCUUCAUAUCAAGACAU